AUGAUUAGUGCAGAUUAUGCCUCCUCAAAAAACAUAACUCGUGAAAAACGUCUUGAAAAAAAGCGUGUGGCAGAACGAUUGAGGUACCAACGCAUAAAAAAUGACCCCGAAAAGUAUUCCCAACAAAGGGAAAAGGAAAAGAAGAAAUAUAAAAGAAAAAAAGAGAAGGGAACUAUAAAGACCGUAAACCAAAUGACACCCAGAGAAAAUCUAAAAGCUAGAAAGAUAUGGAGAGAAAAGGCAAAACAGCAGAGACGACGUUGA